UACGUUUUCAGAAAUGAGAAAUGACUUAGUGGUCGUUGUUGUUUCCUGAAAACCAAAAUGUUUAAGGAGACACUCAGUCAGUGUGUCAGUGUGUGUGUUUCACUCAGAGGGACUGGUGUGUGUGUGUGCAGAAGAAUCAGUAAUGAUGAAGUGCUUAUAUCUUUUGUAUAUCGUGUUUCACGUCACUGCAGGCUGUAAUCUCACUGCUCAAACUAAAUAUGAAUACAUUGGACACCCUGGAGGUUCAGUUAUGUUACCCUGCUCCUGCUCUGACCUGCACACCAAACCUCACACAUUCACCUGGAUGGUCUACAGAACAGGAGGUCUGAAUGACGUGUUAAAUGAUGAACACUACCGUGGCAGACUUCAGCUGUUUAAUCACAUUUCUCCUGGUAAUCUGUCUCUGCUCAUAUCUGACCUGAGAGAAGAGGACGGGACAGUCUACAGGUGCAGCACUGAGAACAGUCUCACAGACAUGCAGAUUAAUGUUAAAGAAGGAAAAAGAGAAACUUCAACACACUCAGGGAAAACAGAUGGGCGAUCUCCAUCAGAACAGCCUCAGAUCACAACAAUCUCUGCACCUGCAACAUCCUCAACAACACUGGAACAAGCUAAACUGGUUUUCGGCAUUGUGGCUGCUUUUCUGUUGGUGAUAGUUGGCAUAAUGGCAUUUAUUUGUUGGAGAUGCAAAGGUCUUUUCCCAUUAGGAGGAAGAUGUGGAAAGAACACGAUAACUGAAGGACGUCCAAAGCAGAAGGAUCCGACUGUGCCUGAUGUUACUUACUCUACUGUAAGCCACAUUCACACAGCCGGAGCAGCUCGGGUCCAGAUCAAUGUGGGAGAGCAUGAAUACGCCAGCAUUGUAACAAAUUAAUCCACAGUAAAUAUAUAGAAUAAUGUUAAAAAAAAUCAUACAGUAGAUUAAAUACAUACCAUGGUAAGCACUGGAUUCACAAUAUUGGCCUGGUUUAUUUUCUGUGAUUUGUUUCUAACCAAAAAUAACAGAUUGUAAUCAUGUGGAUAAUCUUACAAAUUAUGAUUUUAUUGUUUGUCAUAUUAUAUCUUUUGUAUCUUAUGUAAUUUUAUAUCUUUUUUGUAGCAUUCUCCGAAAAAAAUUAAGUUCAUCACUUUGUUUUGUGUAAGACAUGGUGUCCUCUAUUCCAUAAAUACUAGAAAUCUUAGGGUCUUUGGCUUACUUGGUCUUUGUCUGUGUGAACGUGUAUGUUUCUGUGCAUGUGCGUGUAGACACAGGCAUAAAUAUGUCUGUGUGUAUAAGGUACUACUA